CCGGCCCCAGCAGGUGACCGCGGGCGGGCUGCGCGGGCGUGCGGGGCCCCGGGCGCGAGCGAGGCGGGACGGCGCGGCCUUAGACGCGGCCGGCGCGCCAAAGUCGCCCAAGUUUUGCUGGAACAUGGCGGAAGAGUCAUGCAGCGCUAGGAGCACGAGUAGCUGUAGCCGCUAGCGCCGCGGGGCGAGGUCGUCGCCAUGGCCCGCUGGAUCCCGACCAAGAGGCAGAAGUACGGGGUUGCAAUCUAUAACUACAAUGCUUCUCAAGAUGUGGAACUCUCCUUGCAGAUCGGUGACACGGUCCACAUCCUGGAGAUGUACGAGGGCUGGUACAGAGGAUAUGCUCUCCAGAACAAAUCUAAAAAGGGUAUUUUCCCUGAAACGUACAUCCACUUGAAAGAGGCAAGUGUGGAAAAUGGAGGGCAGCAUGAAACUGUGAUUCCUGGGGAGUUGCCGCUGGUCCAGGAACUCACGAAUACUCUACGAGAAUGGGCCGUCAUCUGGCGCAAGCUCUAUGUGAACAACAAGGUCACACUAUUCCGCCAGCUGCAGCAAAUGACCUACAGUCUGAUUGAGUGGCGCUCCCAGAUCCUGUCUGGAACACUCCCCAAGGAUGAGCUAGCGGAGCUGAAGAAGAAGGUCACGGCCAAAAUCGAUCAUGGGAACAGAAUGCUUGGGCUGGAUCUGGUGGUACGUGAUGACAAUGGGAACAUCUUGGACCCAGACGACACCAGCACUAUUGCCCUCUUCAAGGCCCAUGAAGUUGCUUCAAAAAGGAUAGAAGAGAAGAUCCAAGAGGAAAAGAGCAUUUUGCAGAACCUGGACUUGAGAGGCCAGGCGAUCUUCAAUACUGUGCACACCUACGGCCUCUAUGUGAACUUCAAGAACUUUGUCUGCAACAUCGGCGAGGAUGCGGAGCUCUUCAUGACCCUGUAUGACCCAGACCAGUCCACCUUCAUCAGCGAGAACUACCUAAUCCGCUGGGGCAGUAACGGGAUGCCCAAGGAGAUAGAGAAGCUGAAUAAUCUCCAAGCAGUGUUCACUGACCUCAGCAGCACAGACCUCAUCCGGCCACGCAUCAGCCUCGUGUGCCAGAUUGUCCGGGUGGGCCGCAUGGAGCUGAAGGAGGGUAAAAAGCACACCUGUGGGCUGCGGAGGCCUUUUGGAGUAGCAGUGAUGGAUAUUAGUGAUAUCAUACACGGGAAGGUAGAUGAUGAAGAAAAGCAGUAUUUUAUCCCCUUUCAGCAAAUUGCCAUGGAAACUUACAUCCGCCAGAGACAGCUCAUCAUGUCGCCCUUGAUAACCUCCCACGUGAUUGGAGAGAAUGAGCCACUCACUUCGGUUUUAAAUAAAGUGAUAGCUGCGAAGGAAGUGAAUCACAAAGGGCAAGGUCUUUGGGUGUCUUUAAAGCUACUGCCGGGUGACCUCACACAGGUUCAGAAGAACUUUUCACACCUGGUGGAUAGAUCAACAGCAAUCGCUCGGAAAAUGGGCUUUCCAGAAAUAAUCCUGCCAGGGGAUGUUCGAAAUGAUAUUUAUGUCACCCUGAUCCACGGGGAGUUUGACAAGGGGAAGAAGAAGACACCUAAGAAUGUGGAGGUGACCAUGUCUGUGUUUGAUGAAGAAGGCAGUCUUUUAGAGAAAGCCAUUCAUUCCGGUGCUGGGUACGAAGGUGUCUCGGAGUACAAGUCGGUGGUGUAUUACCAAGUCAAGCAGCCCUGUUGGUAUGAGACCGUCAAGGUCUUCAUAGCUAUAGAGGAGGUCACGCGCUGCCACAUCAGAUUUACCUUCCGACACAGGUCAUCUCAAGAAUCCAGAGAUAAAUCAGAGCGAGCUUUUGGGGUGGCCUUUGUGAAACUGAUGAACACGGACGGCACCACCCUGCAGGAUGGGAGACAUGAUCUGGUGGUAUACAAGGGUGACAAUAAGAAAAUGGAAGACGCUAAAUACUACCUGACCCUGCCUGGGACCAAGGCAGAGAUGGAGGAAAAAGAGCUGCAGGCAUCCAGAAACCCAUCUGUCUUCACGCCCAGCAAAGACAGCACAAAAGACAGCUUUCAGAUUGCCACCCUUAUUUGUUCCACAAAGCUCACCCAGAACGUGGACCUGCUCGGCUUAUUAAAUUGGCGUUCCAACUCUCAGAACAUUAAGCACAACCUGAAGAAGUUGAUGGAAGUGGAUGGAGGAGAGAUUGUUAAGUUUUUACAGGAUACACUAGACGCACUUUUUAACAUAAUGAUGGAAAUGUCAGACAAUGAAACGUACGACUUCCUGGUGUUUGAUGCGCUGGUCUUCAUCAUCUCCCUGAUAGGAGACAUCAAGUUUCAGCAUUUUAACCCUGUACUUGAAACCUACAUUUAUAAGCACUUCAGUGCCACCCUGGCCCAUGUGAAACUCUCCAAGGUACUAAACUUUUAUGUGGCUAAUGCUGACGACCCUAGCAAGACGGAAUUGCUCUUUGCUGCCUUGAAAGCCUUGAAGUACCUGUUUCGAUUCAUCAUCCAGUCACGAGUGCUCUACUUGAGAUUUUAUGGUCAGAGUGAAGAUGGAGAUGAAUUCAACAACUCCAUCCGCCAGUUGUUUCUUGCUUUCAACACGCUGAUGGACAGGCCUCUAGAAGAAGCUGUCAAGAUCAAGGGGGCAGCUUUGAAGUACCUUCCUAGCAUAAUCAAUGACGUCAAGCUGGUGUUCGAUCCCAUGGAGCUCAGCGUGCUUUUCUGCAAGUUCAUUCAGAGCAUUCCCGACAACCAGUUGGUCCGGCAAAAGCUUAACUGCAUGACCAAGAUAGUGGAGAGUAGCCUUUUUCAGGAGGCAGAGUGCAGGGAGGUGCUGCUUCCGCUGCUGACAGACCAGCUCAGUGGCCAGCUGGACGACCACUCAAGCAAACCUGACCAUGAGGCGAGCUCACAGCUUCUAAGCAACAUCCUAGAGGUGCUGGACAGGAAGGAUGUGGGCCCCACUUCAGCACACGUCCAGCUGAUCAUGGAGAGGCUGUUGAGAAGGAUCAACCGGACUGUGAUUGGGAUGAGCCGACAGUCCCCUCACAUUGGCAGCUUUGUGGCUUGCAUGAUCGCUAUCUUACGGCAGAUGGAGGACAACCACUAUGGCCACUACAUCACCACCUUCAAAACCAGACAGGACAUCAUUGACUUCCUCAUGGAAACCUUCAUUAUGUUUAAGGAUCUGAUUGGAAAGAAUGUGUAUGCCAAAGACUGGAUGGUCAUGAAUAUGACGCAGAGCAGAGUUUUCCUCCGUGCCAUCAACCAGUUUGCUGAAGUUCUCACAAAGAGGUUCAUGGACCAGGCAAGCUUCGAGCUUCAGCUCUGGAACAAUUACUUCCAUUUGGCUGUAGCUUUUCUCACCCAUGAGUCCCUCCAGCUCGAGACUUUCUCAGAAGCCAAGCGCAACAAAAUUGUGAAAAAAUAUGGGGACAUGAGAAAGGAAAUUGGCUUUAGGAUCCGGGACAUGUGGUAUAAUCUGGGGCCUCACAAAAUCAAAUUCAUCCCAUCCAUGGUGGGUCCCAUUCUGGAAGUCACCCUGACCCCUGAAGUGGAGCUCCGUAAAGCCACAAUCCCCAUUUUCUUUGAUAUGAUGCAGUGUGAGUUCAACUUGAGUGGCCACGGCAACUUCCAUAUGUUUGAGAACGAGUUGAUCACAAAGCUGGAUCAGGAAGUGGAAGGGGGCCGAGGAGAUGAACAAUACAAGGUUCUUCUGGAAAAGCUCCUGCUAGAACAUUGCCGGAAACAUAAAUACCUCUCGAGCUCUGGGGAAGUCUUUGCCCUCCUGGUCAGCAGCCUCUUAGAGAACUUGCUGGACUACAGAACCAUCAUCUUGCAUGACGAGAGUAAGGAGAACCGCAUGAGCUGUACAGUAAAUGUUCUGAAUUUUUAUAAAGAGAAGAAGCGAGAGGACAUAUACAUAAGGUACUUGUACAAACUCCGAGAUCUGCACAGGGACUGUGAGAAUUACACUGAAGCCGCCUACACACUCCUCUUACAUGCUGAGCUUCUGCAGUGGUCGGACAAGCCCUGUGUGCCCCAUUUGCUCCAGAGGGACAGUUACUACGUUUAUACCCAGCAGGAACUUAAAGAGAAACUGUAUCAAGAGAUCAUAUCCUAUUUUGACAAAGGCAAAAUGUGGGAGAAAGCCAUCAAACUGAGCAAAGAGUUGGCUGAGACCUACGAGAGCAAAGUGUUUGACUAUGAGGGCCUGGGCAGUCUCCUGAAAAAAAGGGCCUCAUUUUAUGAGAACAUCAUUAAGGCCAUGAGGCCGCAGCCUGAAUACUUUGCUGUGGGUUACUAUGGACAAGGCUUCCCUUCCUUCCUGCGGAACAAAAUCUUUAUCUACCGGGGUAAGGAGUAUGAGAGGCGAGAAGACUUCAGCUUGAGGUUGCUGACCCAGUUCCCCAACGCUGAGAAGAUGACCAGUACCACGCCACCAGGAGAGGACAUCAAGUCAUCCCCAAAGCAGUACCUACAGUGCUUCACUGUAAAGCCUGUGAUGAGCCUGCCGCCCAGCUACAAGGAUAAACCGGUUCCAGAGCAGAUCUUGAACUACUACAGAGCCAAUGAAGUGCAGCAGUUCAGAUAUUCCCGGCCGUUCCGGAAAGGAGAAAAAGACCCAGAAAAUGAGUUUGCUACCAUGUGGAUCGAAAGGACCACGUACACAACAGCCUAUACCUUCCCUGGGAUUCUCAAGUGGUUCGAAGUCAAACAGAUUUCAACAGAAGAAAUCAGUCCUUUGGAGAACGCCAUCGAAACCAUGGAGAUGACCAAUGAGAGGGUCAGCAACUGUGUACAGCAGCAUGCCUGGGACCAGUCCCUCUCCGUGCACCCGCUCUCCAUGCUCCUCAGUGGCAUUGUGGACCCAGCCGUCAUGGGGGGAUUCGCCAACUAUGAAAAGGCUUUUUUUACAGAGAAGUACUUACAAGAACACCCUGAGGACCAGGAGAAGGUGGAGCUGCUCAAGCGACUGAUCGCCUUACAAAUACCUCUGCUCACGGAAGGGAUCCGCAUCCAUGGGGAGAAGCUGACGGAGCAGCUCAAGCCGCUGCAUGACCGGCUGUCUUCAUGCUUCCGUGAGCUGAAGGAGAAAGUAGAGAAGUUAUAUGGCGUCAUCACACUGCCAUCCAACUUGACCGAGAGGAAGCCAAGCCGUGCAGGCUCCAUGGUACUGCCCUACAUCCUGUCCUCCACGCUGCGCAGGCUGUCUGUCACCUCCGUGGCCUCAUCCGUGGUCUCCACCUCCUCCAACUCUUCUGACAAUGCACCCUCCAGGCCAGGAUCUGAUGGGUCCAUCCUGGAACCACUGUUUGAGCGCAGAGCUUCGUCAGGUGCCAGAGUUGAAGAUCUGCCACCCAAAGAAGACAGCGAGAACCGGAUUAGCAAGUUCAAGAGGAAAGACUGGAGUCUGAGCAAGUCGCAAGUCAUUGCAGAGAAAGCGCCAGAGCCUGACAUGAUGAGCCCAGGCAGAAAAACACCGAGGCCGAAGAGUCUCCAGCUGGUGGACUGCCGGCUGACCCCAUUCCACAGUUCCUCACCCCUGCAGCCUACAGUCUUGAGCCCACCUCCGCUCACUCCCAAAGCUACGAGGGCCUUAAGCUCCCCAUCUUUGCAGACAGAUGGGCUGAUGGCUGCCGUCCCUCCACCACCUCCCCCCAAAAGCAAGCCCUAUGAAAGCAGCCAGAGGAACUCAGCUGAGAUUGCACCCCCCCUGCCUGUCCGGAGAGAAGCCAAAGCUCCACCCCCACCCCCUCCAAAGGCGCGAAAGUCAGGCAUGCUCUCUUCUGAGCCAGGCUCUCAGUGACAAUGUGACUCUGGCUCUGCACCUCUGAGUGCCUUGGACCACUGCUGCCUGAGAAGCACCCGCAGAGAGGAUGGCCCACCAUGCAGGGCUCCCUGCCAGCACUGCUUCCUGUAUCAAGGUGAUUCCCCACUGGGAACUGCUUUGUCCGUCUGAAGGCUGUGCCACAUCCCCUUCAGCCCAUGGAACUUCCAGAACUGGCCAUCUGUAUACAUGAACAAAGAAAUGCUCGCCUUGUCCCAUGAUGGCAUGUUGGCCUCAACCGCUGACUUGCUGGAUCUGCAGAUACCACUGACAACUCUCCUACAGUGACAGUGGAGGGGAGAACAGCCCCAGCAACUGACUCCUGUGUGGAUUUCUCAGUUUGCUUCUGAACUGCUGUGUUCAAGACUUCUUCUCUCCUGCCUGCAUCCCUAACCCGUCUAACCUCCUGAAAGAGCCAGACACCAAGCAUACUCCAGGAGCUGCCAUGGUUCUUUUUUCCCUGAUGUCUGCUGUCUCCUUUGAGGGAAAGAGCACGUGGGUAUCGGAGGUGGGGCGGCUCUUGGGUGUGGAUGGCUUCUCUGAGAUUCCGUGGACUCUGCAUUCUGGCACUCUCCCGAUGAAUGGUCCUCACCAUGCAGCAGUCACAUGCUGUGCCUUGGAUUCCUUUGAAGCUGUUUUGUACUCUGUUUCUCCUCCUCUUCUUUCCUCUGAGCUCAAAUCCUGGGCUCUGAGGAACCUAGGAACUAUGGUCCUACAUCUCUAGACCCUGUUGGCCUGAUGAGGUGGUCCCUGCCUGCUACUUGAUUUUUACCCUGGAGAAUACAGUGCAAUACUCCCUUUGAUUAUUUAUUCCUCUUGAUCAUAGAAUUAAUUCGAUUGCUUGCUAAUGGUACUAAUGUCCAUACUCCUUUCAGAAGGAAAAACUAGGGUGAUUUGGAAGCCCAAAUAUUCUGUUCACAUAAAUGAUGACAAGAUGUACAGAUGUUGUGAGUUAAGCAGGUUUUAAAAUUCUCUCUCUCUCUCUCUCUCUCUCUCUCUCUCUCUCUC